AGAGCCCCGCGGCCGAAACCGAGGCCACGGCCCCCGCAGGACUCACCCUUGUGCACUGCCAGUCUCCUCCUCCUGCGGUUUGGGCGACGCUGCAAAUAAAAUGUGAAACUUUGGGUUUCUUCAGGUCUUUUUGUAGCGGCCGGUGCCCCCCUUUCAUCCUCCUUCCUUAGGGGCCGGGGCUUGGCUGGCUGUAGGCAGACGCGUUGCUGAACCUGUGGGCGACCUGGGGACAGGGGCUGCGCUCCUCAGAGGCCGCGGGGACCGCUCGUCAGUGAUUUCAGUCUAAUUCUAAAGCUCGUGUCAACAGUUGAGGUGCGUUUAACAUUUUUCCCAGGCUCACGUUUGUCACAAGUGCUGGCAGGUGUUCAGCUGAGGACACAAAGGCAAGAAAGCGAAGCAAAAUUAAAAAUGCUGCUACCAAAACUCAGUAUCCUGAAAUUUUAACAGCGUCUUGCAGAGUCUUGCAAAACGGCAAUUUACAGCGAUUCGUAAGUUAAUUGAUGGUGUAAGUUCGGGACAAAAAUGUACUGUAGCCACUGCGGCCAUGUGAUUCCUACAGACUGUUGGAUUUCUUCCAGGAAUGUGUCAAAGCUCAGAAAGCGAUGCGGCUCCGUCUCAUUGUGUACAGGAGAUUAUUUGAUAAUCAUUUAAGUUAUGUAAAAGAGUCUAUGAUAGGUCCUAUAAAAAUAAAGCUACACAAUAGAUCCGA